AUGGAAAAGCUGCCAGAAACCGAAAAGUAUGCCCCUUUCUCUUACAGCGCGUCAGAGAUGAGCACGCCGGACACUCAGUUCCGACUGCUAGAGCUCUUGCCGCCCAUCGUCGAGCAAGACGAGCUCUCGUGCCGCAUUGUCGUUCGCCAACUGGUGGAAUCAUCGCGGCAAUACAAGGCGCUUUCAUACACUUGGGGCAAUGGAUCCUUGUCGCACUUCGUCGCCAUACUCCCUGAGAAUGGGGGUGAAGGCCAACGAAAGGCCCUGGCCAUCACGGAAUCUCUACACACCGCGCUGGUUCAUCUCCGCCAUCCCAGCGAGCCUGUUUGGUUGUGGAUCGACCAGAUCUGCAUCAACCAGGAGGACCACGCCGAGAAGGGAAAGCAGGUUGGGAUCAUGGGCCCUAUCUACGCCGGCGCUGAGCAGGUGCUGGUAUGGCUGGGCCCGGCAGCGGACGACUCCGAUCUCCUGAUGGAGGCCUGGCAGAGCGUUGGCCAAGCCGCUCGAGACUUCGGCUUAGAAAGCUAUUACACCAAGGAACGAUGGCCUCUGCUAGCCCGCAUCCUCAACGCCGAGGACCCCACGGAUCCAAAAACAGUCGAGUACGGCCACUGGUUCGGCCGACCCUGGUUCCCGCGCGCCUGGACCGUCCAAGAGUUCUUCCUCUGCGAUAACACCCUCUUCGUCUGCGGCACCAAGACCAUCCCCGCCGAGCUCGUCAUGAUGGCCAUCCAAAUCCUACAAUACUCCAUUUCCCGCCUCUACGAAGCCGUCUACAAGCCCGCGGAAGCCUCCCUCCUCCUCCUCAACGAGCUCAACGACGAGCCCACCGGGCGGCUCUUCAGCUGCCGCCAGCGCCGCCGCAAGCACGACCGGCGCGAGCCCGACGCCCCCGGCGACGCCCUGCACGCCCUCAUGCGCAAGCUCUACGUCGAGCACAACACCCAGGCCUGGCUGCACCGCGACCGCGUCUUUUCGCUGCUCGGCCUGGCCGUCGAUGCGCCCCACCUCGCGCUCACGCCGGAUUAUGCGGAGCAGGACUCCCCCGCGGCGGACGCCCGCAUCUUGGCGCGGGCGGCGCGCGCGAUGCUGACGAACCCGGUGACGGGGCGGCUGGAUAUACUGAGCUAUGCGCAGCCGCCGAAGCAUCCGGAUCUGGCGCCGCAUUUGCCGUCGUGGGCGCCGGAUUGGAGGGCGAAUCUAAGGCGGUCGUUUUAUUAUGUCCAUGAGAGCGUGUCGGAGCAUUUGUUUGCGGCGUGCGGAAAAGAGAAUUUGGCUGUGCGGCCGCUGCCUGUUCCGGACGUGGAGGGGAAGAACAGCUCCGUGGUCGGGUUGGGUGGGUUUUGGGUGGAUAGCGUGGCGACGGUGGCCGACGGGUCGGCGUGGAUAGAUAUGUCGUUUGGGGCGGAUCGGUUUGCUUCGUUCUUUGCGCAGGUGGACGGGCUGUUUGAGCGGGGGAUGGCGGAGCAUGCGGAUGUGCCGGAGCUGUAUGGUGGAAACGCGGAGCGCCGGGCGGAGGCGCGAUGGCGUGUGCCGACCGGGGAUCUGUUUUGGACGCGGACCGCGGAUAUGCACCGGUCGGGGGCACCUGAGGCGGAGGUGGCCCAUCGGCAGUGCCAGGAGAUGGUGCGUUUCUUUGGGGAAUGUGAGGGGGUGGUGGAGCCUGAGGAGCAGGCAAAGAAGUUCAAGGAGUUCGAUUGGGAUGGAAAGAGGAAGAGGGGGGAGCUGGGGUCGUUUUAUCAGGAGAGUAUGAGAUAUAUGAUUGGGAAGCGGCCAUUUCUGACGUCGGAGGGGUACCUGGGGAUGGGACCGGAUGAUGUUAAGGAAGGGGAUGUGGUGGUCGUUUUGUGUGGGGGAAGGAUUCCAUUCAUUCUGAGGCCGACAGAGUCAGAGUUGGAGCUGCCUAAGAAGACAAAGCUCUUUGAGUUUGUGGGAGAGGCGUACUGUGACGGCGUGAUGGACGGGGGGGUCGUGGGAAGACCCGGCAUCAUGGUUUGGUUCAGCUGA